AUGGCAGCUAGAUCUCUAGUCCAAAAUCCUAAUUUCAAACAUGUUCUUAUUCUAAGAUCAGACAAAAAUCUACAACACACACUCUCUCUUGGCUCUCUCUACAAUUCCAACAGUCACACCUCCAAAAGACUUGUAGUUUCUUCUUCUUCAGUAUUAGCACCACAUGUUCUAACUUCUCCGGUUGUUUCUAGUCCUAUAUCUCAUGCUCCGGCACCGUUCUCUGGUGCAGAAGCGGCUGUACCAUUGUCUCGCGUUUGGAGAGAGAUACAAGGAUGUAACAACUGGCGAGAUCUUAUCCAACCUUUAAAUCCUCUUCUCCAACAAGAGAUCACUCGCUACGGAAACUUAGUUUCCACUUGUUACAAAGCCUUCGAUCUAAACCCUACUUCAAAACGUUACUUGAACUGCAAGUAUGGUAAAAAAACCUUACUAAGAGAAACCGGAAUCGACCAACCUGAGGAGUACCUAGUCACCAAAUACAUCUACGCGACGCCCGACAUAAACAUCAAUAUCCGACCAAUCCAGAACCCGGCUAAUAAGGGGGCACGUUGGAUAGGUUACGUUGCAGUUUCAUCUGAUGACUCGGUAAAACGUUUAGGGAGGAGAGACGUCGUGGUUACCUUUCGCGGAACGGUAACUAACCCUGAAUGGUUAGCGAACUUCAUGAGCUCUUUGACUCCGGCUAGGUUCCAUCCUCAUAAUCUCCGCCCUGAUGUGAAGGUGGAAUCAGGAUUCUUGAGUUUAUACACAUCCGAUGAGAGUGAGAGCAAGUUCAGAGUAGAGAGCUGUAGACAACAGCUUCUGUCUGAAAUCUCGAGAUUGAUGAAUAAGCACAAAGGAGAAGACAUGAGUAUAACACUCGCUGGACAUAGCAUGGGAAGCUCCUUGGCUCAUCUUCUUGCUUACGACAUUGUGGAACUUGGUUUAAACAAGAAGAUCGGGGAGAUAGAUGUUCCCGUGACUGUGUUCUCUUUUGCCGGUCCUAGGGUUGGUAACUUGGAGUUCAAGAAACGUUGCGAGGAGCUAGGAGUGAAAGUUUUGAGGAUUACUAACGUUAAUGAUCCGAUCACUAAACUUCCUGGCGUUUUAUUUAAUGAGAAUUUUAGGGUUUUAGGUGGUUUUUAUGAGCUUCCAUGGAGUUGUUCAUGCUAUGCUCAUGUUGGGGUCGAACUCACACUAGAUUUUUUUGAUUUUCAAAACAUGUCUUGCGUUCAUGAUCUCCAGACUUAUAUUGAUCUUCUUAAUUGUCGGAGAAUAUGCUCGAGAUCAGCCGAGACCGAUGAGGAAGAGAGCAGUGAAAAUGUUGCCUUAGUAUUAUUGAACCAAAAGGGUGAGAAGCUGAUGUUCUUGAAGGGACAACGAAUGAUGCAUUGGACCAACGUCGUAAAUCUACUUUCUUCUGUCUCUAAUCAUAUUUUGUAUUGUAAUAUAUUCUAG